AUGCGGAAAUUGGUUCGAAGCUCCACAGUGCAAAGGGCGAUGCCGGUGUUCUGCACUCCAAUCCUCACCAGCAGGUGCACUGUAUCGUCCAAUGAACGGGUAACAUACUUUGACUAUUUGGAUCGCAUAUGGAACUGCCACUGGUUCGGGGUGUCAGAUGUGGGCAUCGCACCUUCACAAGAACCUGCAUUCAUCACAAACAUGUUCGUCAGUUUCCAGGAAGGGUUGAAUUUAGGGGCCCCGGAGGCCAUCCUUCUUCUUGGUGUCCUUUGCCGUGUCGCUACAUUGGGCUUUUCGCUCUAUGGUGAGCGCGCGUCGGAGCGGAUGCGAAAAGCAAUUUGUAAGUUGAAGACCCCUCAUGAGGCGUACCAACGCGUGUACCACAGUGAAGGGGCCACAUCCCUUGAUAUCCAGUUGGCAGCAACCGCACUGAAAGGUGAGCGACGCCGUGUGUUUGCGGAGGAAAAGACGUCAAAUGCGCAGUGUCUGUCGUCAAUACUCGGUUCCCCAAUUGUAUUAUUUGGUAUGUUUCAAGCGAAGUCGCUCUGCGAGAAUCCGUACCUGGAGUUCGGUACCUCACCUUUUCUGUGGUGCACCUCGCUGACAAUGCCUGAUCCGUAUGGUAUUUUACCGCUGGCAUUCUGCGGUUUAACUUUGGCCAACUUUGAGUUAUCGAUUAGUAAAGAACUGAAGACGGGGUGGAUGUCAAACGUUGUAUGGGGUGCCCGACUUGGGUGUCUUUGUGUUCUCCCGGUUGCGUUACAGUUCCGCUCUGGAGUUUGCCUAUAUUUUCUAGGUAUGGGCUUGGUUGGAUUGCUUCAGCCAAUCCUUCUCCGUUCAAACAAAUUCCGCAGCUUCUUCAACUUCCCAACUGAAGGGAAGGCAGACACUAACAAGUUCUCCUACACUGACGAUGGUUUUUACACCCGCAUGUCCGUCCAGUUCCCCUACGUAAGUCAUCUUUUUGACAGUGUGGAGGAGGAAAACAUAUCUCGGCCGCCGCAGCCACCAGUCGCUCCAGUGUGGUUUGGGGGUGCACAAAGUGCCAUGGGAUACGGUAAAAAAAGGAUUUCUUCCCCCGCUUCAGUGGCCUCGGAGAAAAGGGUGUCAUUUGGAAAGGGGCUAAACUUUGCAGCACCGGGAUGGAAGGCGCAUCGUGCUGAAUUUAGAGAGGAGGAUCUCAUUCCGGACAACAGCUGCUUUGGUGAUAAAAGUUGUAAGAGCGGAAAGGAUGGCGCACUGAAGGAUACAGGGGGAACAAGGGUCCGCUCGUGA